CGUAUGAAGUACACAGCGAAACACGCGCCAAAAAGUGAAAAGAAAGUUUGAAACCGGUUUUCUUUACUGCUAAAAAAACUUGGCUAUUUUCCGUCAUUUAGUAAUAACUACCGGUACCAAGAGGGGCCAAACACCAAUGGGAUUUGACGUUCUUUUUUAAAGCAGGAAGCCUGCAUAUUGCUUGGUCAAACCAGUUUGCCGAGUGUAGAUUAUUGAGAAAGUGCGAUCAUGGAGAAUUCAAAGGAUGAGACGAAUUGUUUAGAAGAGAAGCCACAGAGUGGUCUAGCUGGAGAGCUUGCAAAUUUGUCAUUGAAUGAUGAGGUCAGGCCAUGGCCAGCUAAAGAGAGGACUGGAUUGGUAUAUGAUGAUCGUAUGAAGAGACAUGUUAACAUCUGGGAUAAAAAUCAUUCAGAGGUUCCCGAUAGAAUAGGUCGUCCUUAUGAAAAACACAAGGAGUAUGGUCUUUUGGACAGAUGCUACAAAAUUCCAUCUCGGCAUGCAACUGAGGAAGACCUCCUGUGUUUACACAGUGAGAGUCAUGUCUGUGACAUGAAAGCUACACAAACGAUGUCUCUUGCGGAGCUUGCCAAGAAGGGUGAGAUGGACACAAUUGAAGAUGAAAAAGAAGCACAUUAUUAUAGUGGGGAUGUUUAUGACUGCGCUCUGUUGUCAUGUGGCUGCACCUUAGCUGCAGUGGAACAUGUAGCCACUAAUAAGGUUCAAAAUGCUGUAGCAAUAGUAAGACCACCAGGACACCAUGCUGAUGCUGACUCUGCUAUGGGGUAUUGUUUUUUCAAUAACGUUGCCAUUGCUGCAAAGCUUGCUCAGCAAAGAUGGGGGAUGCAAAGGAUUUUAAUUGUCGACUGGGAUAUACAUCACGGCAAUGGAACGCAAAAUCUUUUUGAGUCUGAUCCAAGUGUUCUCUACUUUUCUCUUCAUCGUUAUGAUCAUGCAAACUUCUAUCCAUUCUCUGCACAAGCCAAUUACGAUAUUGUUGGUAAAGGGCAGGGCAAAGGAUUUAACGUCAAUGUCCCAUGGAAUAAGAGCCAUAUUGGUGAUGCUGACUACAUAGCUGCUUUUCAGCAAAUUUUGCUUCCCAUUGCAUAUGAGUUUGAUCCGGAUAUUGUAUUGGUCUCUGCUGGAUUUGACUCAGCAAGAGGGGACCCCAAGGGAUACUGCGACAUCACCCCUGAAGGUUACUGCCAUCUGACGAACAUGCUGAUGAGUUUGGCUGGUGGCAAAGUGGUGGUCAUUCUGGAGGGUGGAUAUAACAUUACAUCAGUUGCUGAGUCCAUGUGCAGUUGCACGUCCACCUUGCUUGGGGACCCAUGCCCUCGCCUUGAUGGCCCAAUGGUGCCAUGUCAGAGUGUACUGAAGUCUAUAUCCAAUGUUGUGAAUGUUCACAAGCAGUUCUGGAAAAAUCUCACGCUUGCAGAUGCAAUGAAUCCUGAGAUGGAUGAGCGAGUCGCUGAAGAGGAAAAACUAGCGAAAGAAAGGAGAAAGACGGAAGAGCCUUCUGAGGAUGAGAUCGCGUAAGGAGCUCACCCCCACACUAUAACUCAUAGAGAAGGAUAACUGGGUCAUAUGCAAGCAAUUUGUGUGGAAGCAUUCGCAGAUGUGGUUGCCAUGGUCUUUUUCCAGCUCCGUUUUCUUAGCUGGAUCCAAGGAUUUUAAAAAAAACCUGUCUCACUUCCUCCCAGAAACACAUCUUUGUCAAACUCUUUUACUCCCAUUGUAUUUUAUUCGUGUUUUUUUCAUGAUACAGUGGAACCUCGAUAUAAUGAUAUAGCAAGAGGCUCAGAAGUAUCGAGAAAUCGUUAAAUCGAGAUUCUCCAUUUAAUUUCCGGCAGAGACUUUAAUAAGGAUUGUUAUACAGGGGAUAUCGUUAUAUCGAGGUUGCACUCAAAAGCGUUGCGAUUUAUUGUACAGCUUAUUUAACUCGUCCAGAGUUUAAAGGGCAAUCUACCGAAAAACGACCAAGGAAAUUGACAGAAUGUCCAUCGGACACCCCGUUGUCUGUUAUAUUUUAGUUCUUCUCAUUAAAAACGGUCAAUUUACAAGAAAAAGCCGUUUACAAGAAAGAAAUUGCCAAAAUUGCUGAUUCAAUUCCAAUUCUUUAUGACCGAAAAUUGAUAAAUUGUGCUUUGCUAUGGGCGCGGUAUGCAGUUCAUAUUCUUCCAUAUAGUUCAUAAGCCUCCAUAUAAUAAUAACGACACGUCAGUCCUAAGUGUACGAGAGAGUGCUCAUGUAUAGAGGUGAUAAAUAAUUAGGUAUGUGCGGAUGCUAGAUUCAACAUCAGGGGGGUGGCCAAGGAAGGAGGGCCUCCCUUUUAGCAGCCAAAAAUACAGUAAAUGUAUGAGACAUCUAAAAUACAGGAGAAGAUGCCUUGAAAGUCCCUUUUGGGCCCCCUCCUGUUUAAAACCCUGGCUACCUCGCUGAACAUAUCAUACAUUUGUACAAGCCAAAACCCGUGUGUAAAAAACAGUCUAGUAAUUUGAGAAACUACAACAAAA